AUGGUCCAAUGCUAUUCUUUCACAAUAUCCGCUGCAUACUAUGUUUCCAUUUGCAGAGACGCUCUGUGCAGCAUCGUUAUCUGCAAUGAUGCCUCACUCCGAAGCCAGCCAGUUAUUUAUAACCCAGAUUUUUUUGUGGAGAAACUGCGCCAUGAGAAUCCAGAGGCCUUUACCGAGCUUGUGGUCAGCAACAUCACCCGGUUAAUAGAUCUGCCUGGUACAGAGUUUGCUCAGCUCAUGGGAGAGGUAGACCCCAAACUUCCUGGAUCUAAUGGAGCCUCCACGUCGUUCUUCAGAUCUCUCAACUUCCUUAAACGUAAAGAGAAGGGGAUUGUAUUUGGAGCACCAUUGACAGAAGAAGGCAUUGCACAAAUAUACCAGCUUAUUGAAUACCUACACAAAAAUUUACGCACAGAAGGGUUAUUUCGUAUCCCUGGAAACAGCAAUCGACAGCAGAUUCUGAAGGACGCUCUUAACAGUGGGAUUGAUAUCGACGUGGAGUCUGGCGAAUUUCAUCCCAACGAUGUUGCCACACUGUUAAAAAUGUUUCUUGGAGAAUUACCAGAACCUCUACUGACACACCGGCAUUAUAAUGCUCAUCUGAAAGUUGCAGGCCUUUUGCUUCUUGAUGACAAGGGCAACAGGACAGGAGUACCAGAUAAGGAGAGACAAAUUGAAGCUCUGCAGCUCCUUUUCUUGCUUCUCCCAUCACCAAACCGAAAUCUUCUCAAACUCCUGCUGGAUCUUCUCUAUCAGACUGCAAAAAAGCAAGACCGCAAUAAGAUGUCUGCCCACAAUUUAGCCUUGAUGUUUGCACCUCACAUCAUGUGGCCUAAAAAUCUUACGGCAAACGACCUGCAGGAACAUAUAAUAAAGCUGAAUAAUGGCGUGACGUUCAUGAUUAAGCACUCACAGAAGCUUUUUAAGGCUCCUCCAUAUAUCAGAGAAUACUGCCGGCUGUAUUUCACUGGGGAUAAAGCACCAGCGUCAAAGGACGACUUGGAAUUGUUGUCUGCUCGACCUUCUUCUAGUGACUUACAGUUUCUGAAAUUCCCAAAGCGGAGCAGAUUGGGGUCUUCUCCUUCUUCAACGUCUUCAUCUUCAUCACUCCAGGAAAAAACACAACAGCAUACAGAGGAGGCCUUGAAGGAGCUGUUCCGGCAUGUUCACAGUAUGCCAGAUUCUGCUAAAAAGAAGAGGCUUAUUCGUCAGUUCCACAAGCAUAAUCCUGGAACCCCCAUCUCUAAUUCCAAAGAGCCUUCUGAAAAGAAACACACUCGCUCUCGAUCCUUCAGUGGGAUGAUUAAGCGCAAGGUUUUGGGCGGCCAGGUUGCUUCAGAAAAGAAGAGCAAAACUAUAACCCCUCCGUCAUCAGAUAGGUCGGACUAUGCCAAAGAAAACCUCAAAUAUAUGGCCGUGGAUUCUCCUGCAGUUUAUUUCACGCGGGCAAAGUUAAAGCUUUCAGAGGAAUUGCACAGCAGGAAAGAGGCAUCAACCAAAUCCAAAAGGAGUCAUCUGAUGUCUACGCAAGAGACGUCAAUUUAA